ACAGACGCCUCGGGGUUUCUCUGGCAACAAUGUCCCUCCCCUCCCUGGGGGCUGCUCCCAGGGUUCUUACGUUCUGCAGGCAGUGGCCUUUGAGUCCUGGCUGCCUCCCAUGAAGGACACGGAGCCUGGGCCUUCCAGCAGGUUCCGUGCACCUGCAGCCAAGGAUGACAUGUCGGCCCUGAGGUGGCCCAGGCCCUCCUGGCAGCUGGACCCACCCUGGGCAGCUCCCCACAUUGUUGGGUCUGAUGACCUCAAGGAGCCAGGCUCCCAGGGGAAGGCCCACAGCCUGCCUGUGUGGUCCACAGGCCCAGACACCCGGGAUGGGGACAGCUCAGUGUCAUCGGGCCGGCUCUCGGGCUCCUCGGGGGGCCACGAGGGGCAUGUGCCCUGGAAGAAGAGGCCACCCCAGGUGUUGGGGCCCCGGCGACAGGCCAGAAAGAGUGACCCUCGGCUGGAGCAGCUGAGAGACAGGAUCCGGGCCCAGGCACGGUGGCAGGGGAGCUGCGUGUCCCUGGGUACCUCAGACCCCUCCAGCACCUCCGGCCUCCACAGAGCCUCCGUGCUGGCACUUAGGAGGAAGACCCAAGAGACAACAAACCCCCCUCCAGCCUCUGAAUGCUCAGGUUUCAGCAUCUUGAGGGCAGCUGAGCGCAGAGUUGAAGACAAGGCAUCCUGUGGCCAGGGGCACAAGCUCUCCGGGCCCUCCCAGCACCAGGUUCCUGUUCUAAGGGAAAAACCCAAAAGGAUCAGAAGCAGUUCUUGCAAAAGAGAGAAGACCCCCAAGUCGCCCUCCCCUAGAAGAGUGGCCAAAGACAAAGACAAAGAUUUGGAGCUGGCUGGCAUGUACGCCUGGAGGAAGGGACAAGCUCUGGUGAGGUCGCUACUUGGGCCCCCUCCCACCCUCCGCCGGUUCCAGAGCAAGGCCCCCUGCAGAGACCUGGCUCUUGCUGCGGACUUAGAAGGCAGCAGGAAAGUCACAGCUACCAAUCGCUCGCCUGUCUGUGCCCAGCGGCCCAGUGCCACCUCUGCCCACAGUGACCAGCGGGCGUCUGGGAACACACCCAGCCUGGCUUCCUUUGACCAGCCGGCGACCAUCCAGACGGCCAUGGCCAUCCUACAAGACCUGCGCCAGCAAAUCCAGGCUGGGCUGGAACUGGCCCAGAGCCGGGAGGGAGGCCGAGAGCUUGGGCUGUCAAAGCAGAGGCCGCAGGACGUGGCAGGCAAGGGCCCCUGCAGGGACCCGGGUGCACACAGCUCCUUCUCUAAGAGAACCUGGGCCAUGACGGAGGGGAAGCAUUCCUCUUUAGUGGGGGCUAGGAGUUUCCACUCCUGGCAGCCCCGGAGCUUCUCCACUGAAUGGGAAUCCUGCCCGCAGGGGGCCUGGAGGGCCCCAAAACAGGACCGCUCCUUCCAGAGGCCAGAGAGUCCCUGUGAGAGGUUGGGCCACUUCUCCCGGCGGCCCUUGAGUACGUUGGCAGGGCAGGCCUGCAGUCCACAGAGGGUCUGGGGGGCCCAAAGACAGGGCCCUGCCUCCCAGAGGCCCGGGAGCCCCCCUGAAAAGCUGAGCCCCUCCCCCCGGCAGCCCUGGAGUGCUGUGGCCACGUGGCCCUGUCCUCGGAGGGCCUGGACUGCUUGUGAAGACCAGGAGGCCCCAAUCCCCAGUCUAUGGAACCCUCUGGAAAGGCCCAGUCCUCCAGCCCAGUGCCCCUGGAGCAGCUCCUGCGUGCAGAGGGCCGGCCCCCUGGCCCAGGGAAGAGGCAUUGGCUCUCCUGCCUCAGGUGCCAAGCAUGCCCUGCCAAGGCCCACCGGGAGCUUCCCUCAGAGCCCACCUGGGAAGGAGAAGGAUGCGCCGCGGCCCUGCCCCAGGCCCCGGGGGCUCCUGGGACACAGCCCCAAGUCCCUGCGGGAGUUCAUGCGCCAGAAGGUGCAGGCGCUGCGGUGGCAGGCCCUGGAGGAGAAGGCGGCGGCCCUGCGAGCCCGGGAGCUGAGGAGCCAGAGGCUGCAGGAGGUCUAUAGGCAGCAGAGGGAGGCUGUCCUUGGCACCGAGGUCCCCGUGGUCUCCCUGACCACCCCUGGCAUCGUGACCUUUGUCCCCAGUUCUGCACAGUCUGGGGAUCUGGAAGCCUCCGGGAGCCUGGAGUCACCCGUGCUGCAGUGGAGCAAGGUGACCUCUGGCGUGGUGCUGGGGGGCCAGGAAGCCCCAGGCAGCUUCUGCCUGUGUUUGAACAGAGCCUGGAACUGUGCUGAGACCCUAGAGCCCCCAGGGACAGGGGGGCCCCAAGAUGGCCAGGGUGCCCCCCAGGGGCUGUGCAUCUACCUGGACCGGAAGGAGGCCAAGCACCUGGGCACUUCCAGCCCCCUGCACCUCCAGCAUAAGCAGGCAUGGCUGCAGGCGCUAGAGACCAGGGCCAGAGUCCUCAAGCAGCGGGUCGACAACCUCACCACCAAGCUGCAGGGUGCUGAAGCACUGGACACGGUUGGGGACCCAGCCUUGGGCCUGCCACGCUCAUGGCCCUACACCCUGCCUGCCACCCCCAAGCUUGAUGCCCCAGCCUGCCCUGGAAGCUUGAGGCCCAACGGGGGCAGAGGGGCGCCCAGGGACUGGGCCAGUGUGCAGGCCCAGCCCCUUCUCCCUGCCACCUGCUUCCUGGAUGGCGAGACACUGCCGUGGGGCCCCAGCUGGGAGCAACAGCAGAGCAUGAGCCCAAGGGCCCACCACAAGAGCAAGCCCCAAGGUUUCCCAGAGGAGGGACUUGUGGACAUGAAACCGGACAAAAGGCUGCAGAGAGGCGUGGCCCGCUUCCAGGCUCUCGGCACCUCUGUGGGGAGCUCACACACGGACCCUAUCUGGGGCUCCCUGCAACUGGAGGAGAUGCUAUUGGCCAGAAGGGCAGAAUCCGUGGCGCCCUGGACCCCCUGGAGCUGCGGUCAGCAGGAGGACGCAUGCAUGAGACGCCUUCCCAGCACCCAGCAAAAGACCUCCAGCUUUCUGGAUUCUCUCCAGCAGCUGAUGGAGAGACACUCAACCCAGGCCAAGCCAGAGAAGGUGUCAAAGUUGGAGCAGCCUCAGAUUUUCGAGGACAGAGAACAGACCACAGCCUCUCAGAGCACAGUAAUGGCCACACCCAGGUCAUGCCCACCUCUGGACACAGACGCUGCCACAUCCUUCCAGGGUCCCAAAGACAGAUCAGAAAUUGCGAUGGCCAAACCAGCCUCUGCAGACGUGGGGGGCCCUGACAGAAUCCUCUCCCAGCUGUCCCUGGCCAAGCACCUCCCUCCGGACAACCCUGUCCAGCAGUGGAGCCCCGCGAGGCCCGGAAGCGCCGAACCUGGAGCUUUAGGAGCCUUGGGCCGCUUCAAGCUGCAGAUGUGGGAGCGGAGCCUGCUGGAGGAGGAGCUGCGAGCGCAGCACCAGGCCGCGUUGCUGCGCCUGCGCGAGAUGGCGCUCCGGGAGAAAACGCUCGCCGAGCGGGCCUUGCUGGAGCAUCGGAGAGGGUGCCUGGACAGCAAGAGGGACAGAGCCCUGCUGGCUGUGCUGGUGGAGAAGCAGCAUCAAGCCCUCAGCAGAUUUGAGAAGGAGCAGAGGGAAAUCCAAUACCUGUGGCACAUGCAGCUGCUCAGGCACUGAGAUAGGAUGCGGCUCCUGCAGCAGCAGAGGGGUGUCUCCACCCAGAGGCCCGAGGAUGACCUCCCCACACCGAGGCCCUCGGGUGCCCUCCCCACGCUGAGGCCCACAGA